AUGACGAACCAAACCGUCGUCGGUGAAUCUCUUCCAUCCGUAGAUAAUACUGAUGAAAAAAAAGGCAUUUGGGCAUCUAUUUUACAUGAUGUUAAAUCAUCAACAAAAAAAGCACCUACAACAAAAUCACUUGUAGUACUUGGUGAUAAUGAGAGCGGUCGAACAACAUUAGUAGCUAAAUUACAAGGAAAUGAAGAUCCAAAACGAGGUGCUGGUCUUGAAUAUCAUUAUAUUGAUAUUAAAGAUGAUGAUCGAGAUGAUACUCCUAAAUUAGGUGUAUGGAUUCUUGAUGGUGAUAUUGUUUGUUCAUCUCCAUUACUUAAAUUUGCAAUUAAAUCAGAUACAGUAGAAAAUACUGUUCUUGUUCUAGUUGCUAGCAUGACACAACCAUGGUCGUUAUUAUCGACAUUAAAAAAAUGGGUAACACUCAUUGAUGAACAUAUUGAACGAUUAAAAAUUGAUUCAACAUGUUUACGUGAAAUGCGCGAUCGUCUUCAGUAUGAUUUUCAACAUUAUACUGAACCUAAUGAUUCAUCUAUAAUGACGGCAUCAUCUUCAUCAUCAGCAACAAUAAAAAAUGGUACAUCUACUGGUCGAAUUCCAAAUUCACUUUCAUCUAUUUCAAUUGCAUCAACAACAACACCUAUAAAUAUAAAUAUUAACGAAGAUCAAAUUGUUUUACCACUUCCUGAUGGUGUAUUAACGAAAUCAUUUGGAAUUCCAAUUAUUGUUGUUAUUACAAAAUGUGAUGUAAUGCCAACACUUGAAAAAGAAAAUGAUUAUAAAGAUGAACAGUUUGAUUUUAUGCAAUAUCAUUUACGAAAAUUUUGUUUAGAAUAUGGUGCUGCAUUAUUUUAUACAUCAGUAAAAGAAAAAAAGAAUAUUGAUAAAUUAUAUAGAUAUAUUAUACAUAAAUGUUAUGGUUAUUCAUUUCAUUCACCAGCUGCUAUUGUUGAACGUGAUUCAAUUUUUAUUCCAGCUGGUUGGGAUAAUCCAAAAAAAGCGGAAAUUUUAUUAGAAAAUCUUCAUCGACUUAAAUCAACUGAUAACUAUUCAGAUGUAUUCGUUAAGCCCGUUGUUCGACGGCCGUUACAACGUGAUAAUGAAACUGUUACUGCUGAAGAUGAUCAAGAGUUUUUAUCUCGUCUUCAAUUAACAUUAAAUAGAGCUGCAUCACCUGGAAGAAAUGACGAAAAUUCAACACCUGUACUUACAAGAAAUGCAAUGACAUCAGGUGUAAGUAGUGGUAUGGGCUCACAGACACCAUCUAUGGCUGGUCGACCACGAAAUCAACCGAAUGUUACACCGGGUGGUACAAGCACAGCAGCGAAUGAAGGUGCUUUGGCUAAUUUCUUCAAUAGUCUUCUAACAAGAAAAUCAGGUGGUCCAGUAACUCCGACAACUGCUAAUUCACCUGCUACUCAACGGCAAAGUAAGCAGUUUGCUCUUCCUCCCCGACCAUCAAUUACUAGAUAA